AUGGAAACAUCAUUUUUCGAAAUUCACUGUCGACAAAUUUUAAAUCGGUUGCCAUCUAAUAUUGCCGCUAAAUUACAAGCUUCAUUUAUUCAAUUUAUUAUGAAAUUUUUAGAGUACGUCGAUAAAUAUUUUUCUCAAAAUGCUGUAUUUCUAGAGACAAUUGGACAUUUCGGUAAUGGAAUUGAAGAACUUACUUGGAAUCAGAUUCAGAAGUGUAUUGAAGUUAUAAAAAUCCAAGGUUUAAAUGAAGAUAAUCUAUUUAAUGAAUUUACUGAAUUAAAAUUGACUUUCGAAGCUAUCAAAAAGAAAGAAGUACCAUUAUUUGAUCAGAUUCAAUUUUUUCUUUCCAAUGCUGCAGAAAAAGAAACUCACAAUUCAUCAACAACGUCAAUGCAACAAAGUGAGGUCGACGAAGAAGUUGAGGAAGAACAAACAAAAUUAAUUCGAUCAGAUCAAUUAUGGGCAAUCAAUGCUUAUGUUGAAGCUAUUUUUUCGGAAAUGAAACGUUUACUUAAUGAUUUUCGUAAUCGAAUGUCAUUAGAUUCAAUAGCUGCUGAAUUACAAAUUCGUCGAAAUGGCUCAAUGUCAUGUACUGGUAUGUACAAAUAUUUGUUGUCCCAAAAAGAGUUGCUGACAGCAAUUCGUUCUAAUUAUGAGUAUACAUUCAAAAAGCAACGUAUUGAGUAA